AGGCGUGUGUGUGUGCACGCACAGGAAACGGAAAAAGCCAAAGCUUAAGCAAAACAAUCGAGAAAACAGUGACCAUGAACAACAAAGGAACCGCCAGCGGAUACGCUUACGAUGCUGCGCAGCAGGCCGCGUAUCAGCAGUACGUGAACGGUCAGAUGCCGAUGCAUGCACAGCUGCCUCCCUCGUAUAAUUCGGUGGUCACAAGCAUGACCCCAACGUACGCCGGGUAUCCCCAAGCGAUGGUACCCCAACCGUUCUACAGUAACAGCUGGAGUAUGAGUCCGUCCGGUCAGCCACAGUUUGCCCCGCCACCACCACCGUACGGGGCCACUCCGGGCGCCGUUGCCGCGAUCCCGGCUCAGACGGUCCACCAUCCGCAAAUGUAUCAGUAUCAGCUGGCCGCAGCACCCCCACCACAAGCACAGCCACCACAAAUGUAUCAAACUCAGAUGUAUCCGGUUCAAACUGCCAUGUUCGAUUCUGGUGCCCGCUUUGGUAAGUCAGGUGGAACACCAACGAUUCCACCGCCACCACCGGGCAUGGGUCCGAAUGCGGCCCAGCUGGCUUCGAUGCAGGGGCAGCAGGUAGUAGUGGCGAAGAAAAAGAACAAUUUUCUGCACGGUGGUAACGGGAGCGGCUACACGUUCUGGUGAGAAGUGUACUAAGAGCAUGUGAGUUCGGAUGUUCCGUAGGCACGGUUCAACCGUUUUCCACCCAACUCUCUCCUCUACACGGUGGUGCCAUGAUGUAAGAAACAAACAAUAGUAAAUGAAGCCGGAAAAAAGGACCGGACAGUAAAGCAGUUGCUAGGAAGGAUAGGUAGUAGUAGGCGAGCCUACUAUAGUGUGUGCCGAAGAGUUAUUAACGGAAUGUGACUUGAGAGAGAGACUAAGCGAAUUUGAAGCGGAAGAUUGUUACCAGUUAAUGAUGCAUGUUUGUGGAGAAAAUCAUACAUAUGGGGAAUACGGGGACAAGGGACCGUUCAUUGAAACUUACGAAAAACCAAGUCAUGCUUUCUGCAUUUCAAUUGGAUCUCCCGAAUCGGAAAACAUUGGUGUUUUGUUUUUGGGGUUUUUUUUUCUAGGGAGUCAUCAACUCCACACACUUCUUAUCAUCUUUACUUAUUAAACAGACAAAACCAAGGAAAUGACAAGUGCACAACGAAUGUAAAUCGCGCCAAGUUCCUUAUUCAAUCAUUAUCGUUUUAUCAGAAAUUCUUUCUCUUUUGAAACAUAAAAUAUAAUUUUAUUAUCAUAGAAUUUUGGGCAUAAAAAACGUGGAUAGUGAUAAUCGAAAUUACAAAACAGAAAGUAAUCUGAAUUUCUCCAAAUAACUCGUGUGUUCAAUCGUUGAUGCAGAUACUUUGAUAACAGGUGCAUCAGAACCGGAAAGCAGUGAGCCAAUUUGCGUGGACUAGGGCGGUCGAACCUUACUUGAGAGUUGCCAUCUCAAUAGCAUAAUGAAAUGCUCAACAUUAGAUACGGACUUGGGCUGAAGGGCCAUGUUAAGCGACAUCACGGACAGUUACAAUUAGGAGAAAUUCAUUAUUGUUAGCAAAGGCAGUAGAGAGAGGAAAGACGGUGCAUUGAAGAUGAGUACGCCGCAUACAAAGUGUCUCCCGUGGCUCGGCAAAGAAUCUGAUACAACAAGAGAAUGGAAUUCCGGUAAGGACAAAGCUCCAAGAGCGAAAAACUACCAAGAGCAAUCUUCGAUACACAAAAUCAUACAAUUCAAGCACGGGAAACGUUCACAACAUGUUUCCGGUGCUCUUAAUAUCACGCCGGACGCAAACGACUGUUGUCUUAACUCUUACAAUACACCGAUCGCAGGAAAACCAUACAAAUAACUUUACAAAAUCGGAAGGCAGGAAGCCCACUUCCUACUUUAUCAUCGGACCAACCUGGUAAGGGAGACAUUUACCACAAGAACAAGAGACUUCCAGUGGAGCGUGGCAGCAUGUGUUCGAAUCAGCGGGAAAGAAAAGCACAAUGAAAUCGAAGCGCAAAAGAAAACGAGUCAACGGCAACAGCAGUACGUAGCAAUAACCUCAUCCUAGAGAAAACACACAGAAACACACGUAGAACUCCCCAACCCGCAAAUAUUCCGCUAGGAAAAAAUUGACUUUGGAUUUGGGAGGCAAAAUUUGGGUAGGAAAAAAGGAUUGCAGCAAAUGCAGUAAAAAAGAAAGCAAAAAAAAUGAAAAAAACGCAAAGCAAAUUAUGAAAAUAAGAACAAAAAAAACAUACAUCCACGUGAUCUAGUUUGGCUGAGAUACUUUAUUCCAAAAACAA